AUGAAAUCAAUAAAAUCUAUACGAUGGUUUAUAGUAUUAAUAUGUCUCUUACAAAGCAAAUGGAUAGUUGCUAGAAGUUUAACUGAAGUACAACCAGAUGCUCGAUUUAUUUCACGAAUUCAUUCACCACUUGAUUGUACUCAAUUUAAUAAUGAUUAUGAAAUUCUUUCAUCAUUUUCAUUUGUUACUCACCUUAAUCCAAUAUUAUUAUCUUCAUCACAAACUUAUGGUUUGAUGGAUUCGAAUGAAAAUAUUUACAAGUUACAAAUUGUUAAUCAAAAACUUGUUCCACUUACUGUUUUUUGUUUAAAAUCUUUGCGAGAAUUAUACAUACAAAAGACGAGUUUCUAUGAAUUUGAAUUAGAUGACAAUUCUAUUCGUGCACUUCCUUCUGAAAUUGAGAUGCUUGCAACAUCACUUACACAUUUCGCUAUUUAUGAUACUCCAGUUGCUCAUUUGCCUGAACAGAUAGGCAAAUUAAGAACUCUAUACUAUCUAGAAUUGUCCAAUACCGGUCUUCUUGAUGUUCCAAAUUCUAUUGGUGAUUUAUCUUCACUACUAGACCUGCGUUUGCCUUGGAAUAAACUAACAUCGUUACCGAUAACCCUUGGAAACCUUCAAAAUUUGCUCCUUGUAAAAUUAGAUGGAAAUCCACAAUUACGUUCAGUGCAAUCCCUCAACGGUCUUCCAAAUCUUCAAAGCAUAAUCACAACUUAUUGUUCAAUCGAGCGUCUGCCAUCUAAUUUACCAAAUUUGCAGCACUUAAACAUGCGGCAUAAUAAUCUAACAGAUCUUGUUAAUAUUAGAACAUUGGGUAAUAACACGAAUCUUCCUAAAUCUUUCUAUUUCUCCGCGAAUCGUAUUCGUUCUGUUCCACCACAAGUUGGUUAUGUACGCAAUCUAGUUGAACUCGAUCUCGACUAUAAUGAAUUGACUAAUUUACCUUCAGAACUUCUAAAUGUUACUACACUUCACUAUUUAUAUAUUCGUAAUAAUCGUUUUAGUAUUACUGAUUUACAAACAAUUGCUGCUAAAUUUAAAACAACAAAUCCAAAUUUAGAUUUCAAAUACUAA